UCACACCCACAAAUUAUUUUCUUCUUCGUUUUUUUUAUUUAAUUUUUUUUUUCUUUCGCAAUUACAUAACCACCACGGCUUUUAGAUUAAGCACAUAAUCAUUAAAAUAUAAUACAACAACAAUGGAAUCUCCACCUUCUUCAUGAUUAUAUCAAUCUCAAAACCUCUCCCAAAUUCAAACCCUUCUAAUCAUCAUCUCCUUCCAAGCCCUAAUUAAUCUCCCAUGGCUAGUCCCUUCACAAAACCGUCGCCGCCACCGCCGCCGCCAACGUCAUCGAACCUCCCGAUGCUGUACUAUGGCCUCAUCGUCGUCGGAACCGCCGCUAUCGUCCUCGCUCUCUACAACCUCAUCGUCAUGCGGUUGUGCGCCGAUGGCCGGAACCGGCUGCCGACGAGGCCGAACACAAUUAUCGAAAUCGCGGCGACGAGGACCGUGGCCGAGAACGGCGCCGUCGGCUUGCCGUCGAGCUUCAAGUACAAGAAGGAGAUGUCGGCGGGCGAGCACGGUGGCGGAAACUCCGAGUGCGCCGUAUGUCUAUCGGCGUUCGAGGAGGGAGAGGAGAUCAGGAAGCUGCCGAGGUGCAGGCACUGCUUCCACGCGCCUUGCAUAGACAUGUGGCUCUUCUCUCACUCCGACUGUCCUCUAUGCCGGACACCGGUGGGCGUCCGCCGGUGCCACCGCCACGUGGCGGCGCCGGCAGCGCCGGAGGAGAGUUCGAGAGAAGUUUGGCUUGGUUCUGCGGUUUCCGUUUGAUCUUUCUUUUUUUUAGUGGUAAUUUAGUCUUUUCAAUAUUGUGAGACAGAUAAAAGUUGACGCUGAUGACAAAGGAAGGUCGAACGGAGAAAUGGUGAGUUUUCGUGGUACUAUUUGUUUAAAUUGGGCCAGGGGUUUUGUUU